UUCUCUCCAUUUGUCAGCUCCAACGCGAUCGAGACGGAUUCCACCCCAACCCACCCCCACCGUCUUCUGGCUCCUCCGGUUUCCAGUCUUCCGGCAAGGCUUCAAUACAAUAAUACGCCGCCUCUCGCUUGCUCUGAAAUGGCCAGCCAUCCCAGCUCAGAUGGAGGAUCCGGGGGCAGUACCCCACUUGUAGUCUGCUUUGGGGAGAUGCUGAUUGACUUUGUCCCGACUGUUGCUGGGGUCUCGCUAGCGGAAGCUCCGGCAUUCGAGAAAGCUCCUGGCGGUGCCCCAGCCAAUGUCGCAGUUGGGGUUGCCAGAUUGGGAAGUUCUUCUGCUUUUAUCGGGAAGGUCGGCGAUGAUGAAUUUGGGCACAUGUUGGCGAACAUUUUAAAGCAGAACAAUGUGGAUAACUCAGGCAUGCGAUUUGACCACAAUGCAAGAACUGCACUGGCUUUUGUCACCCUUAGAGCUGAUGGAGAGCGCGAGUUCUUGUUCUUCCGAAAUCCGAGUGCGGAUAUGCUCCUUCAAGAAUCGGAGCUUGAUGUGGACCUUAUUAAGAAGGCGGCAAUUUUUCACUUUGGUUCGAUAAGUUUGAUCGAGGAACCAUGCAGGUCAGCCCAUCUUGCUGCAAUGAAAAUCGCAAAAAGCUCUGGGUGCAUCCUCUCUUAUGACCCGAAUUUGAGACUGCCACUCUGGCCGUCCCCAGAAUUUGCUCGAGAGGAAAUAAUGAGCAUAUGGGAUCAGGCCGAUGUCAUUAAGAUAAAUGAGGAGGAAAUUACAUUCUUAACUGGAGGUGAUGAUCCUAAUGAUGACAGCGUGGUGCAAAACAAACUCUUUCAUCCCAAUCUUAAACUUCUUAUUGUAACUGAAGGGUCACAAGGCUGCCGCUAUUAUACCCAGGAUUUCAAAGGCAGAGUUCCUGGUGUUAAAGCAAAACCUGUGGACACGACUGGUGCAGGCGACGCUUUUGUUGGUGGGAUACUAUAUCGCCUGGCCGCUGACUUAAAUCUCUACAAGGACGAGAAGAAACUAAGAGAUGCACUAUUCUUCGCAAAUGUGUGCGGGGCAGUCACCGUGAUGAAGAGAGGCGCCAUUCCGGCCUUGCCCACGAAGGACGCCGUUCUCAAGUUCAUUGAAAAAGAUGCCUCGAAGUCCGAAACAAAUUGAAGGAUAAAAUUUUUUUAUUCAAAAUGUAGUUUUCAAUUUCUCUUUGGCACAAAUCACAGCUAGCCUGCUUUGUAUUUCCCCUUCCUGGUAUUGAUUCUAAGGCAGCAAAUAUACAUGCUUUGUUCCAUUACUUCAUGGGCAGGACCACUUUGAGUCUUUGACCUGAACCAUACCAUACAUAUUUCCUUAUGCAGUACGGUGCGAACGAUAUGAAUGGAAAUGACAGAUGUUACUGGACA